GGUCGUUGGUGCAACAAGUCGUCGCUGCUGCCGGUUUCGUUGUAGUUGUCAUUGUCGUUGUUGUUGCCGACUCUCAGUCUCCCCACCAUCCAUGCCACCCGUAAACAGCUGCCUUUGCCAGGCGAAAGAGAGUGGAAAGCUAACGCGAGCAGCAACAACAAAAAGAAAGCGGAGGGCAAUGACUUCAACCUAAACAACGGCAUUAAUUACUUAUUGAGGUAUUAACAGGCAAUCAAGAUGAAAUCGACUAGUAGCAUCAAAGGCAGCACCAGCUCCCAAAAUAGUUCGCUGCAGUACAGCAGCGAUAUCAAUGCCAUAAGCCUUGAACUACCCGACCAUUCAGAGGAUUUCCAAUCUACUAACGGAUUAAAGUAUUUGCCAGCCUGGCCAGCAGUUAACUUGCAGUUUACGGGACUAAAUUGUGAAGUUUCGGACCGAUGCAACGCCCAAAAGACGAAGCAGAUUUUGCGGGAAGUGAAUGGUGAAUUUCGCUCUCAUGAACUGACCGCGAUUAUGGGACCCUCAGGAGCUGGGAAAACGACUCUGUUGAACCUACUAGCGGGAUUUGGGGCUGUCAACAAUGUCGGCGAGAUAUUAGUCAACAGCCAUCCAAGGGAUAUGAGAGUCUUCCGGAAAAUGUCCCGAUACAUAAUGCAGACCGAUGUUCUUGAUCCGCAAUUUACUGUGCUCGAAAUGAUGCUCCUAGCCGCCCAUCUGAAACUGGGAAAUGAUCUGCGCUUAAAACAAAAGCUAGAAGUUAUAGAUGAAAUUUUGGGAAUGCUACGAUUAAAAAAAUCAGAAAACACAAAAGCUCUAAGGCUGUCUGGAGGUGAACGGAAGCGCUUGUGCGUUGCCCUUGAACUGGUCAAUAAUCCACCUGUCCUUUUCCUGGACGAGCCCACAACCGGCCUGGACGAUCUGUCUAGCUCCCAGUGCAUGUCGCUAUUGAAGAUGUUGGCUGCCGGGGGGCGCACUGUAAUCUGCUCAAUUCAUACCCCGUCCGCCAAGAUCUUUGAGAUGAUUGACACUGUGUACGUACUGGCCGAAGGUCAAUGCGUUUACCAGGGAGCUGGGAGCAACAUUGUACCCUACAUGCAAUACUUGGGGCUGAGCUGUCCCGUCACAUACAACCCGGCCGACUUUAUCAUUGAGGUGGCCUGUCACGAGUAUGGCAAUGCUUACCAGGAGCCAAUGGUCGAGGCCGUGUGCAACGGUAAGAUUACGCGGUGGACUCCGUCAGCGGACGAUGGCAAAAUCACACCCACCAAAACCGACACAACGUCCGGCGCGUCGUCAUUCUAUGAAAUGGAGCAGUUCGAUGAGGAAAUCAACCCAAAGCUAUUGCAGUCGAAAUCUAGCUGGUGGAUGCAGUAUAAGCUGCUGCUGACCCGCAUGCUACUCCAAAUGUGGCGGGACAAGUCAUACAUCAAGCUAAAGUUCUACAUGAACAUAGUGCUAGCACUAAUCGUGGGAGGCCUUUAUGUCGGAGUGGGACGUCUGGCUUCCAAAGCGCUGUUCAACUUUGGCUUUAUGUUUACUAUUGUAAUAGCUUACUUGUACCUGCCAAUGAUGCCUGUACUGCUUUAUUUUCCGUCGGAAAUAAAUCUGUUGAAGAGGGAAUACUUCAACCAGUGGUACCGCCUAAGCUCCUACUACGCUGCAAUGAUUUCUGCCAAAUUACCAUCGAUGUUCGUACUGGCCGUAAUUUAUUUAUCAAUUGUGUACUUAAUGUCCAGCCAGCCUCUGGAAUGGUUCCGCUUUAUUAUGUUAUUUACGAUAGCCUUUCUUACGGCCCUAACCUCUGAUAGUUUUGGCUUACUGAUUUCCAGUAGACUAAGCUUGGUGAAUGGAAUGUUCAUGGGUCCUGUACUGGCUGUGCCUCUGAUCUUGCUGUCUAUAUAUGGCAUUGGCUACGGCAAAGAUACAUACAUUUCCCCUAUCAUGCGAUUUUUGAUGUCUCUUAGCUAUUUGCGCCAUGGUAUGGAGGGGCUAGUAGCAGCGCUAUACGACUACGGAAGGGGCGAUACAAUCUGCGAAGAUACCGAAAUGUUCUGCAUGUUCAAGAAAUCUCAGUUCUUGUUAAUUUUUCUGGGCUUUGAAAACAUGCACUAUUUGUGGUCUGUCUUCUGCUUGAUUGGAUUUUAUAUGCUCUUUACAGUCUCGGCGUACGUCAUGAUACGCCAGCGACUGAAGAAAUCGUCGUGCAACCCCAUUUUCGCCCACGUCCUUCAGCUUUUAACUAAAUACUUUAAUUUUACUUCAUAUAAGUACUAAGCACGCUGUUCAUAUACCAAGGGAAGGUUGGUGCUGGUACCCUAAAACCUAGUUUUAUCCGAGAUUCUAGUUUUUAUCAAGACAUUUUCAUGGGAAAAUGCCAUACGUUACCUGUUUCGCCAUGCUGUGACAAAUUAUAUUGCAUUAUACUGAUUAUAGCAUAAAUCAAUUGUACGGCCGAGCUGUUGAGUGAUAUACCGGAUACAUCCAAAUAAGCAUAAACAUAGAAAACUAUAUAUGUAUUGUAUUUUAGAUUACAUGUACUACAUAUAAACUUACCAACUUUUCCCAAUAAAGGUCCACUGGAACUGUAAACAAGA